AUGUCGUCCUAUGCAAUGAUGGUUUUCCUACUACCGGUUACGCUCUAUUCAGAGAUCGAAAAUAUUAUGAAUGAAUAUUGGUGGACGGGGUCCAUUGGUAGUGGGAAAGGGAUCCGAUGGAGAGUGUGGAAUGGUUUGUGUGAUCCUAAAAUGAAAGGUGGACUAGGUUUUAGGAAAUUACGGGAAAUGAACCUGGCUCUGUUGGGUAAACAAGCCUGGCGGUUGAUUACAAACCCAGACUCUUUAGUUGCUCGUGUGUAUAAAUCUCGGUACUUUCCUAAUUGCAGCUAUUUUGAUGCUAAAGCAGGUAGUAAUCCAUCUUUCAUAUGGCAUGGGUUGCUAGCUGUUUAG